AUGUCUUUGAAGGCAUUCAUCACCUUUGCGGCCCUCGCUCUCCAGCCCGUGUGCGCCGUGUGGCCAAUGCCAAGAGAAAUGUCGACGGGCAACAAGACUCUCUUCCUCGCCAAGAACAUCAAAGUCACGUACAAUGGAGAAUCAGUGGCCUGGAACUCGGGCAACAACCCAGUCAUAUUGUCCAACAACACCACGCCCAGAAUAAGAUCGCGAAUUGUUGAAAACGCUAUUCCCCGCGCCAUGACGACCAUCUUCGACCAUGGACUUGUACCAUGGAUGCUCAAUAGGCCCGAUUCAAACUGGGAGCCCAGCCUCGACAGCGGCGACGGCACCGCCAGCACACUACAUAUUACGCAAACAAACGACACCGACGAUGCCAACCCAGUGAUAGGCUCUAUAGAUGAGUCUUACUCUCUAAGCCUCAGCGCAUCCGGCGAAGCAACGAUCAAAGCUAAUUCUCACAUCGGGGUCCUCCACGGCCUAGAGACAUUCACGCAGUUAUUCUCUCAGCAUAGCUCUGGAUCAAAGUGGUACACGAAGCUAGCACCCAUCUCAAUCCAGGACGAACCAAGGUUCCCAUACCGCGGGAUAAUGCUAGAUACCGGGCGCAACUUUUAUCCUGUCGAAGACAUUAAACGCACUAUCGAUGGGAUGGCCAUGAACAAAAUGAACGUUUUUCACUGGCACAUCACAGAAACGCAAUCAUGGCCGCUAGAGAUCCCCGCACUGCCUAGGCUCGCAGAAGUAGGCCGCUACGCCCCCGGUCUAACGUAUUCCCCCGACGACGUUACCGCUGUCCUUGAGUAUGGAAAAGCUAGAGGCGUUCAGGUUAUUCUCGAAAUCGAUAUGCCAAGCCACCAGAUAGCCGGCAAGGCAUAUCCUGACGUUGGAGUAGCCGUUGAGGCCACGCCAUGGGGCACGUACUGCUCUGAACCACCAUGUGGUGCCCUUCGCCUUGGUAACAAUGCGACUUAUGAAUUUCUCGAUACCCUCUUCGACGACUUGCUACCGCGGCUAAAACCAUACGCGGCAUACUUCCAUACCGGCGGCGACGAAUAUUAUGCAAAGAACUCAGAACUUGACCCGAAGAUAAAAACGGCCAGUAUGGGAACACUAAGACCAUUGCUACAGGACUUCUUAGACCACGCACAUGGCGCGGUCCACAAGCACGGCCUUAUCCCCAUGUCGUGGGAGGAGAUGGUUAGCGAAUGGGGAGCAAAGCUCAGCGAGGACGUUCUUCUGCAGGUGUGGAAGGGGCCCGCGUCGGUCAAGAAGUACGCCAAGGCGGGGUACAAGGUCAUUGAUUCGAACUACAAAGUUUACUACCUUGACUGCGGACGCGGCGCCUGGGUAGACGAGGCGUCUUCCCCUUAUCUCGACUGGUGCCACCCCAUGAGCCCCUGGCCGCUCAUUUACAAGUAUGACUCCCUCCAAGGGCUUUCCAAAAAGGAAGCGAAGAAUGUGCUUGGUGGUUCGCUGUCUAUAUGGUCCGAGUCCAUUGACGCGCAGACCAAGGAUACCCUUACUUGGCCGAGAGCCUGCGCUGCCGCCGAAAAUUGGUGGUGA